AUGACAGGAAUUGAUUUUUCAGGGCCUCUGAUUGUGAAGGAAGUUAACAAGUCUCCAGGAAAAGCAGCAGCAUUAGAUAUAGACAAUAUUUUUCGCUCCAAUCGAGUUCAGAAUAAGUUGUCAUCUUUAUAUAUAGUUUGGAAAUUCAUUCCUGAUACAGCUUCCUGGUAUGGUGGAUGGUGGAGACGUAUUAUUGGAACAAAAUCUACAAUCAAAAAGGUAUUAGGAAAAGCCCAAGUCACAUCAUCGGAACUCAAUACUUUGCUAACAGAAAUGGAAUGCAUGUUGAACAAUAAACCCAUUACGUAUACGUUCACAGAUCUUGAGGACCCACAGCCACUCAUAUCUUCCCAUCUUCUAUACGGACGGAGUCUGGAUGUAUUGCCUUACUUCAAGCCGCCGGACGAAUCUUUACAGCCAUUCAACAUGAAAAGUAUUGAUGUAUGCAAAAGAGUAGCUCGACAAAGGGAUGUUCUUAAUCACUUCUGGAACAUAUGGAGAAAUGAGGAUUCGACGUCUCUUCGUGAGUCUCAUCGUGCGGCCGGAAGAACUGUACAAGAUAUUAAAGUUGGAGAUGUCGUUCUUGUCCACAAUGGAGGAAACAGACUUUUAUGGAAACUUGGCACUAUCAAAGAACUGAUAUAUGGAAGAGGCAAAUAUAAAAGGGUAGCAACUGUAAUGAUUGAUACUGGACUUAUAAAUCGCCAUUUAACAAAGUUAUAUCCACUGAAAGUGUCAUUGAAAAAUGGCCUGCUAAGAUAA